AUGCCCCGCGCACGACGCGCAAACCACGCAUUUGCUUUUGGAACACUCAUCGAACUCAGAUGGCGACUGAGGAUCAAGCGACCUCUACACUGUGGGAGUUUAAAUCAUCUAAGAUCCCGUUCUCAUACCUCGUUCCUGCAUCCUUCCUCCGACUGCCCACAAUGCGACACGAGCACUCAAAACUCUUACCCGAGCUUCUGCUGGCAAAAGGCUACACCACAACCUCCUGAGAACGAACACUUGAUUCAUCCUCCUCUUCAUCUCUCGACUCCGCGAGACAUACUCGGGGCCCAAUUCACGCUUCAUCCCGUCCAUAGUGAACUACAAAGCGCCCAUGCCUUAUGCUGCGAUGGUGGGCCAAACCCUUGUAGUACCCCAGACAAUUCAUUCGCGCCCUACGGUUACUACAUUGCUUGCUCCAUAGAAAUUCCUGGAGUUGGACAGUACAAGUGGAAAUCCCAAAUCUGUCAUCCAAUCCCACUAGCUCGUGAUGUUCCCGACCAACCUCAGGCGCCGCAAGAACCAGCACAGCACCAUGGCCAUGCAUCAGAAAACAACACACUAAGAAGGAACUACGAAGACACAGAGUACUGCGAUGCUACCAGACAAAAGAUACGUAGAACCGCUGGGUAUGCAGCGACUGUCGAACGGGAACACAGCGAAGAAGCAUACGGGGUCGGCACCGAGGAGAGUGCUACGGGAGACGAGACAGUUGAAGAAAAUGAAGAAAAUGGAGAGGAGGAAGAGGAAUACUACCGACGCGAAAGUAGCGUCGAAGUCGAGCAAUUCGUCAAUGAGCGCGACUCAUCCGAUGAUGAGUCAAACCGUUGGGAUCCCACCAAAGCCAUGCAAAAGGCUGAAGCUAGGCGUGGCCUCGUAUGUUUCGGAAUCUUUCCCAGUCACGGCGACCCAGAGCAUACCCUGUUUUACAGCGACUGA